AUGGGGCUGGAGGGUGGUUUCUUAGGCAGUGGACAGGUCCACAUCAUCCUGUGGGGAAGUUUGGCAGCCAUGACAACACUCCUGUUCCUCACCUUCCUCAUCUUCCUCUGCUCCAGCUGCAACAGGGAGAAGAAGGCCAAAUAUCAGAAUGGAGAUCAUGAAAACCUGAUGAAUGUCCCUUCUGACAAGGAGGUGUUCAGCCACUCGAUCACAAGCUCCGCUACAGAGCCCCCUCCAAGCAGCGACCAGAAUGGGGCACUCAGCAAUGGCGAGGUACUCUCAGAGGACAGUACAACUGCCUGUAUCCAGCCUUAUGAUGAAGUACAGACAUCUGUCUCUGAUCUGCUAGAUCCACAGGAUAGUCUUGGAAAGUCUGUAAAAUGUCACCAGAGCCGGGAACUACCCAGUAUUCCCCCUGACACCACCAUGGAAACCAUCAUCUCAGCUAGGAAUGCUGAAAAUGAUCAAGGUCUUGGAAUGGAAGGGCCUUAUGAAGUCUUGAAAGACAGCUCCUCUCAGGAGAACAUAGUUGAAGACUGCUUGUAUGAAACUGUGAAGGAGAUUAAAGAUGUUGGAGCAGUAGGCAGCAUGGAAGGGAGCUGUAACAGCAAAUCAAAGGCUUUGCUGGUGGUUGCUGAAGGUCAGACUCAGGUGCCUGGGUGCAGAAUUGAAUCAGCAGAAUAUGCAUCUGUUGACCGAAACAAAAAAAGUCGCCAAAGUGCUAAUUCAGAAAGUCCUCUUGACAACACGCCAGAUGUAGAGGAUGAGCUUCCCCCACCAGUACCCAUGAAACUUCUUGAUGAAAAUGAGAAUGUGCAAGAAAAAGAAGUGGAAGGAGAAGAUGUGACAGAAGGAGCAAGCAUACCAGAGAAGAGGCUUAGUUCAAUGUCUUACAAGUCUCGAGAGGAAGAUCCAUCUCUUACAGAAGAUGAGAUCUCAGCGAUGUACUCAUCAGUCAGUAAGCCAGGACAGGCCAUCAAGGCACUGGAUUCUCCUUACACCUGUAUUCAAGAAAUUGCAUCCCAGAGGUCCCCAUCUAUUUGCAGUGGCCUCUAUGCAAGCGUGAAGGACUUUGAAAACACCCUGAACACUACCACUGUGCCUCAGUCAACAGACAGACCAAACGGGGAGCUGGAGCCUGACUAUGAAGCUAUCCAGUCAGUGAGCCGAGAAGAAGACAGAACCUUGUCUGUGCCUAACACAAACCACACUGCUCUUUCAGGAGAGAAUGACUACGAGAGCAUAGGGGACUUGCACAGGGAUUUCACCAGACUUUAA